AGACAGUGACAGGCGUAAACAGAGAGCAUUCAUGCCGAGCAUUGCGCCACUUGCUCAGCGGGUUCAUAUAUUAUUUCCUGUGGGAGUGAGUGAGACACCCUCGCCACCAGCUAGCUAAUCCCGGUGCGCAGUUAACUGCAACAGGUCACACAAACCACGGCGGUGAAUGUGUAGUGAGAUAGCUUAUAGAGUAUAGACCUAGCAGUCUCUCCCACCCAACGAAUGGAGUAGUCAUCUCACACACCCCAAACAGGUCCUGUGACUGGGCGUAGGUCUGUGGAAGUGAUCACCAACCACCAUGGACUUCAGCGUGGUGUGUUCAAAGUGCGGUAUUGUGGUGAUCAUUUUAGCAGUGAUUGCCAUCCUUCUGUGGGCAUUUUUACCAAGGGGAGGAGGAGGAAAAGAAGAUGAAGGAAAAGGAGGAGGAGGAGAUGUUGUCAAGACAAACAUAUUGAUGAAUCCUAGUUUUGAAGACGACCUGUACGGAACGUGGGACAACAAGAGCUUCUGGGUGGACCGCGUGGCAGAAGAUGUGGUGCACGGCAACUUCGCGCUUAGAGCAUGGAACAGAGAUCGAGACACCGAAGGGCCUCAGCAGUUUCUCAACAUCUCCAAAGGCGAUCGCGUGGACUUCUCUGGAUACAUGAAAAUUCUAAAUGACAUCAAAGGCACUCUGUUUCAACCAAUUCAAGUGAUGCUUCAGUUCGGCUGGGCUGACGAAGAUGCCACGGGUUCGUAUGUGGUUGUCUACAAGGGUAAAUCGCGGUCAGCAAACGGAUGGAUGAUGCUGAACGGUAGCUUUCAGGCGCCGAUGAGAGAUUUCCUUUGGUGCCGGUUUAUUAUUCGUGGACCGCAGGCUAAACGUAGACUUCUUGGUGGACAACCUUCAGUUGUUCAUGGUGCCUGAGAACUCCAACUGGCGAGCAGAAAGCUAUACGAACAUCGACACCUACAGAAAGUCUAACAUCAACUUUGUGUUUACUGUGCCUUCUAAUGUACCACAAUCGGCUUUGGAUGUCCAGAUUCGACUGAAAAAACACAGUUUUGUGUUUGGUGUGCGGGCUAACGACGCUAACUUCCGAGCGAAAGACUACACAUAUUACAGAAAUCUGGUAUUCAGCUGGUUCAACACAAUUACAAUCAACUCCAUUAAUUGGAAAUACAACGCCGGAAAUGAGACAAACCCCAACUACAGUAAAGCUCUUUCUGCCAUCGAUGUUGUACGAGCCAAUGGGCUAAAGGUGCGCGCACACUGCAUCCAUCGUGACACACCCGACAAUAUUCCUAACUGGGUGACGGCACUGAAAGGCCAGGAGCUGAGGGACACGGUGGACUUCCACAUCCAACAAAUGGUCAACCUAACGAGAGGAAAGCUCUUUCACUGGUGCGUGAUGAACGAACAUCUUCAAGGAAUGUGGUACGAGGAGAGGCUACAGGAUCCUAACAUCACCAAGAACAUCUUCAAGUACUACAACCAGCAGAACCCGGAUGCUAAGGCUUUCUUGAACGACUUCACUGGCGUGACUGCUGGAGGCAAUACGCAGGCGAUGUAUGACAUGUUGAUGGAGUAUAAAUCAGAAGGUAUACCCAUCGACGGCCUAGGUAUUCAAGGGCACACUAAAAUUUCACUGCACCCGAUCCUACUCUCAUGAAGCUGCGCCUGGACUACCUGUCGAGGGCAGGAGUGGAGCUGUUCAUGACGGAGUUUGACUUAGCCUGGCCUGACGUCGUGCAGCGCGCAGACUGGCAUGAGGACGCCAUGCGGGUAUUCUACGCCCACCCCGGGUUACACGGGGCCGCAAUCUGGAGUCUUCUAGACGUUGAGACGGACGCCAACAAGGAACUAUUCCUCGAGAAAAAUUUCACGAUGCUCGAGCCAGGUCAGCGUCUGGGCUGCCUUCUCAAAAGGAGUGGACAACAAAC